AUGUUCGCAUUCGCCGGAGCGGCUAAGGUCGAGCAAUGGCCCAUGCCGGCUUGGUGUCACAUGUUCGCUCAAACUCUUACCGGAUCAGCAAGAGUAUGGUUCGAUGGGUUGACAGAGGGAUCGAUUGAUCACUUUGAGGAUUUCCGGCGUAUGUUUUUGCAAAACUUCUACCAGCAGCAUUGCUGCAAGAAAGAUAUUACCGAGGUUCACCACAUAAAACGCCGUGACGGAGAAUCCGUAGAAGAUUUCAUAGACCGGUUUAAUCGAGAGAGCAUGCAGAAAAGCGGAGCGGUCGAUCAGCUCCGAGUCUCCGGAUUUUGUCACGGAGUACGGAACAAUCAGUUAGUGGAAAAGCUCCAUGAAGAUCUCCCAAAAACCAUGGAGGUACUUAUGGAGCAAGCUCGAGCCUUUGUUCGGGGAAAGAGUGCCUACGGUCAGACGAACGAAACAGCAGCAAGAAGUGCCAAGGCUCGAACCACAUCAUGGAGACGGAACGCGUCACCACCGAAAGAUAGAAACAAUAACUGGAACGGGAGUCGUGGUCCGUACCAGAAGGCAGAUCGAAGCAGUUUUCGAACCGGAAACGUGCGUUUUAACACCUUCUCCGAACUAACAAAGUCGCCAAGUGAAAUUCUUAGUACGGAAACCACCCGGUUUCCUACACCGUCAAAGCAGCGACCUACUUCGGAUAAACACUCCAAGAAAUAUUGUGAGUAUCACCGAGACAAGGGGCAUACAACUGAUGAGUGUUGGGCAUUAAAACAAGAAAUCGAGGAGGCCGUACUAUCCGGAAAACUCUCUCAUCUCGUAAAAGAGGUAAAGGAUGGGAAGAAGUCCGCAACAGCGAAUGAUAACCCGAACACCGAGGCCGGAAUCAAUAUGAUUCGGUCUACCGAGCCAAGAGGGGUAAAACGGUCGAAUCAGCAUAUGGCAGCUUGGAUGCACCAGCCCACAUAUUUUCCUCCGAUUGAUCCGGAAGAUGCUCGAGACGGACCAAUCACGAUAUCAGCUGUAGUCGUAGGACACUUGGUCCGGCGAAUUUAUGUGGACGGAGGAAGCGCCUUUGAGAUAAUGUAUUUACAGUGUUUCCAACAGCUAAACCCCCAGACGAAGAAGAGGAGCAGGACUAUUCAACUAACCUUUCUGGUUGUUGGAACUCACUCAUCACAUAACAUAAUACUCAGACGACCUGGGCUACGAGCUCUCGGAGCUAUUAGCUCGACAAUACAUGGUGCCAUUAAAUUCCCCACCGAAGCUCGAGUCGCCACUAUAUUUUUAGAAUCAAAUUCGUUCGCAGCUGAAGUAAGACACGCAGCAGAAACCGGCUCCAAAAAGUCUGAAGUACCCACAGAACUCUGGGCGAUCAACCCGGAUUACCCCGAACAGCAAGUGGCUAUCGGCGCCCAGCUCCCAAAACGAACGAAGAAGCUCCCGUGGGAAUUAUUGAGUAACUCGAUUGAUGUUUUUGCGUGGAAGCACUCCGAUAUGCAAGGGGUUCCCAGGUCCAUGGCAUAG